AUGAAUAAUGGAUAAAAUGUUUAUUAAGGCAAUGCUGAUUAAAUAAUUGGAUAUUGUGAGUAGAUUGGAUUGUAAGUAUAAGCAUAUUCAAAUCCUUUGGAUACUAUUAUGAAUAAUCUAAAUCCCAUAUAUAAUAAUUAAUAAUCAUUAGUAACUUAUGAGAAUUAUUCAAGAUAUUUAGAAUUAGCAGUGACUAGUUUCACAACUUAAUAAAAUGGAAUUAUCAAAAGAAAAACUUAGAGUACUUUUGUUUAAGAGUUUAAAAUGUUGUUUUGGAGAGCAAAAACUCAUUUUUGGAGAUCACCAACUCUAUUAAGAGCAAAAUUAAUAGCAGCUUUUAUUUUAUCUAUAUUUAUUGGGAGUCUUUAUUGGAAUGUUGGUGAUGAAAUGCCAAAUCAAUCACCUGAAUUAUCUAAAUAUUCAGAUGUUACUAAAUUUUUAUAGAAUAUGAAUGGAGCAUGUUUUAUGGGAGGAACAGGAGCAUUCUUUUCAGCUUUGCAUCCAAUGAUGAUGUUAUGUAAAUUUAUUAUUUAUUUUAGUUCCUGUUGAAAGAGAUAUCUUUUUGAAGGAGGAAAAUACAAAAUUAUAUAAAAUAUUUCCCUAUUUCAUAACAAAAAUCUUAGUAGAAAUUCCAUCUAAUAUUUCAGUUUCUAUAAUAUUGGCCCUGAUUCUAUAUUGGGCAUUUGGAUUCAUUUGGGAAGUUGCAAAAGUGAUCUAAUUUAUAUUAAUAACUAUAGCUGUAUCAUUAAGUGGAAAUGGAAUAGGAAUGUAUUCAAUUUGUUUAACUUAUUAAGUUUUACAGGAUGUCUAUUUCCUGAUCCAAAGAGAGCUGCUCAAUUAGGACCAGUUAUAAUGUUACCAAUUCAACUAUUUGGUGGACAAUUAGUAAAUCUAAAAUCAAUUCCUAAAUGGAUUAGUUGGUUCUAAUAUGUUUCAGUAUUUAUAUUAAUAAAUACUUAAGCCAUUCAAAUAUUUUUUAGAAGCUUUUGGAAGAACUCAGCUUGAAGAUGUAGAAUUCAAUACAAUCAUUUAAAAAGAUGCUUCCUUUUCUCUUGUAACGAUUAGUCCUAUGGAAUAUUAUGGUAGAGACUUUGGAUUAUGGAACAGCAUUAUUGUAUUAUUUGGAGUGGCUAUAGCUUUUCAUAUUUUAGCAGUGAUAAUGUUAAAGUUAUUAAUUAAGAAGCUGAAUGUAUGAAAGUUCUAAUUGUUCAAUAUGAUGAUGUUAUGAAUUUACUGUAAGUUGCUCCUUCUUUAUUUAAAUUAUGUCUUAAUUUGAUUAUAUAAAAUGUGUUCUUUACUUUUCACUACUUCCAUUCGUAUUUGGAAGUGAAGUCAAUAUGUCAAAAUCUCAAAAUGUUUUCGAUGAUUCUUCAAAAGGGAAGAGUUGCAAAGAUUAAUGUAAAAAUAAUGAUGACUAUGAUCGAUGUUAUAAUGACUGUAAAAUUGAGAAAGAAUAACCAAUAAUACAAAUAAUUAGCAUUACUUUUAUUGUUUUAGGAUUGAUGUUAAUCUUAUUUAUUAUUUGGAAACGUAAGUAAGUCUUAAGAUUGUUUCACUGUGUCUUAAAUAAAAGGACAAUUAUGAUGGAGUAAUUUUUAAAUAAUGCCAUCUUAAUUAAAAACAGUAAUGUUUUGUUGAAUUAAUUCAGGAAGGUGGCUAAAAUGUUAAACUAAUCCAAAAAUGAAUUGAUCUUUACUUAAAAUGGGAAGCUUCACAAAGAAGAGGAUGUAUAAAUAAUGUGUAAAAUUAAUGAAAAAGAAUAAUAUAUUGCAAUUUCUCUUUUAGGAAAUGAUAAAUAUGGUACAUGGAGUGGCAAUGGAGUUACUAUUAUUGAUUUUAACAAUUAACUUAAAAUUUGGUUUAUAAAAGAUUAUGAAGAAUAACAAGAAGCAAGAUAAUCAGGAUUAUGGGAACAUCUAAUCUACUAGGGUGAAUUCGAUGAAGAAGUAAAGGCUUUUAGUGGAUAAUGGCAUUAUGAUGGAUUUGAAAAUGAUUUAACAUACAGCGGUACUUGGAUUCUAAAAAUCAAGUGA